CUUUUACCAUUGUGUUAAGAUGGUCUCCAAGGUCAUCUGGAUUAUGAGACUUUUACUAUGAACUCGAUUUCUGUUAUAACUCAAAUGUUUGUUCCCAUCUGCAGUAGCAGUGCAAAAAGAUGCCGAACUUUUCUUUUUCAAUGGCUAAUAAGUUCCUCCGUUUCACACCGGAAAGCCUGGAUGAAAUUGAAAAAAGAAUUGCUGACAAGAGAGCAAAGCAGGCCAAGGCCUUAGAGGAGGGCAAAAACGAACAGCAUGAAGAAGAAAAUAUUCAACCACAGCUGGACCUGAAAACUUUUAAAAAGCUGCCUCUUAUUUAUGGCAAACCACCUCCCUGGCUCAUUGGUGAACCCCUGGAGGAUGUUGACCCCUACUACAGGGAUUGUAAGACAUUUAUGGUGCUGUCCUCCAGGAGAAGAAUUUAUCGAUUUACCGCUUCCAGAGCCUUGUUUUUAUUUAGUCCUUUUCAUCCACUGAGAAGAUUUGCCAUCAAAAUCUUGAUACAUUCUUUGUUCAUUGCAUUCAUUACAUGUGUUGUUCUCGUCAACUGUGUCUUUAUGACUUUAAAAAGCCCCCCCAAAAAUUACAAUAUCACUGAGGCUGUUUUCACUGCUGUUUAUACCACUGAAUUUGUAGUAAAAGUUGUGGCAAGAGGAUUUAUUUUGCAGGAAUUUACCUACAUGCGAGAUCCUUGGAAUAUUCUGGAUUUCUUCGUUUUGAUUGUGACGUACGUUUCUCUUACUUGUGAAUUUGGUAGUAUUUCAGCUCUCCGGAUAUUCAGGGUUCUGAGGACUUUAAAAGCCGUAUCUGUAAUCCCAGGUCUGAAAGUAAUAAUAACCUCACUCCUUCUAUCUGUGAAGAAACUUGCCAAUGUGAUGUUGCUGACCAUUUUCUGCUUGGCUGUCUUUGCCUUGGUUGGCCUCCAGCUUUUCAUGGGCAACUUAAGAAAUAAAUGUGUCCACCGUGAUUUUGUGAACGUAACCUUCAACCAGAAAAAUCAGCAGUGUGUGUUAAAUGAUCCAGUUCCUGUCCAAGAAAAUGUCAGCAUGUACCAGAUGAAAGAUAACUCUUCUGAGAUACUGCUGUGUGGAUUCAGCAAAAACCCCAACGGCACUGAAUGUGGAACAAACUAUUUUUGUACAAAACAUGGAAAAAAUCCUGACUACGGAUACACAAGCUUUGAUCAUUUUGGAUGGGCCUUUUUAUCAUUGUUUCGGCUGAUGACGCAGGAUAGUUGGGAACGUCUCUAUCGGCAGGUUAUCAGAACAUCUGGGAAAUCCUACGUCAUCUUCUUUGUGAUCAUCAUCUUUUUGUGCUCAUUUUAUCUCUUUAAUUUAAUCCUGGCUGUUGUGACCAUGGCAUACGAGGAGCAAAACAGAGCCACAGUGGCACAGACAAAGGCAAGGGAGAGGUUACUUCAAGAAGCAAAGAAAAUACUAAAGAUGGAAAAGGAGAUGUCUGUCCAAAGUCACGUUGCUUCCUCAGAUGGAAACAUUGAAAUAUCAAGUGCAGCAUCUGCAGAUGAAAAAGAAAUGGAAAGCAGGAGGGAGAAGCGCAGAGGCACAAAGUCCAAACUCUAUGGAGAAGAUGAAGCAUCAUUUUACUCACCGCCUGAUAAAAGUCAACAAAAGCUGAAAGAGUUGCUAAUGUCCUAUCACCUACCAGUUGAUAGUAAUACUGAUGUACUUCAAAGACAAAAGUUAACAAGUGCUGCCAGAGUCAUCAGCAGAACUAUGGAAUGGGAAGAACCCAAAUUCGAAUUUCCUCCCGGCUUGAAAAAAGCUUUCAAAAAAUAUCUCAUUUGGCAAUGCUGCCCAUUCUGGUUGCAAAUAAAGGCAAGGAUGAAGCAAAUCAUGAUAAAUCAUUUUAUGGAACUAUUUAUUACGUUGUGUAUCCUAGUGAACACCCUGUUAAUGGCCUUAGAAAAUUGCCCCCUUUCAAAGGAAGUGGUUUCUCAAGGAAAUAUUGUUUUCACUGCAAUUUUUGCCACGGAAAUGGUCCUCAAAAUGAUUGUCCUUGAUCCAUAUUACUAUUUUCAAGAUGCUUGGAACAUUUUUGACUUUGUUGUGGUUGUCAUGGGCAUAAUAAAUCUGAUCACUCAAUUCCACAUAUCUUUUCUCAGAAUGCUGAGAAUCUUCAAACUGUCAAAGUUUUGGCCUGCUUUAAAUAAGCUCAUGAAAAUCAUGAUGAAGUCUGUGGGCCCACUGAGUAACCUCACCCUUGUUUUGGUUUUCACCGUGUUCAUUUUUGCUGUGGUUGGCAAACAGGCCUUUGGGAAAAGUUACGAAGGGCUUUCUCAGAACUGUAGCAUGUGUUUCACUGACCAUGUGAAAAGAUGUGAAGGUGACGACACCAAAUGUAGAUUGCGAUGGCAUAUGAAAGACUUCUUCCAUUCGUUCCUUAUUAUAUUCCGAAUUCUGUGCGGAGAAUGGAUUGAGACCAUGUGGGGCUGUAUGCAGGCCGCGGGAGCUGGGUGGUGCAUUGCACUGUUCAUGCUGGUCCUGGUGUUAGGAAACCUAGUGGUCCUCAACCUGUUCAUUGCUUUGUUGCUCAGUUCCUUCAGUAGCAGCAAUCUAAAAAUGGAGCCAAAUGAAGAGGACCCUCGGGUAGUCUUUGUUUACAUUCACAGGGGGUUCCAGUUUGUCAAACAUCUGUUAUGGGACCGAUGUUGCAACAGAUGCAUGCAGAAGUUGAAAAGAGCAGGGACGAAAAACAAGGGGGAGGCAGCUGCUGUCCAGAAGGCCAGCACCAUGGAACCUGCCGACAUCCGAGAAGACACUUGUGAGAACCAGCGGAAUUGGAAGAACCUGGCAACAGGUGAAAAGCAAGAAGAUGUUGUGCCUGUCUGGGUUCCCCUUGCUCACUUAGAAAGUUUAAGUGAAGAUGAAGAAUAUACGAGCUCUGAUAUACAGGAGAACAUCAUGAGAAACAGGAGAGAGGUAUCCAAAAAGUCAAGGCAGAGACUCUCUUCUCAGAUUUUUGACAGUACAAGUGCUUCGUCUUUGGAUGUCCCCAAGGCGGCAGAUCAUGAAGUCAGCUGCUCUGAGGCCAGCACGGUAGAUCAGAGGUCUCUUCCCUGCCCUUUGCUUCUCAUCAAGAAAGAGCCCGAGGACUGUUUUCCACAAGUGAAAACUGAUACAUUUCUGGGCAACAUGUGGUGGAGGUGUAGAAAAACCUGCUACAAAAUUAUAAAACACAGCUGGUUUGAAUUUUUUAUCAUAUUCAUGAUACUACUGAGCAGUUGUGCACUGAUCUUUGAAGAUAUUCAUCUAGAGAAGAAAAAAACCAUAAAAGCCAUACUGCAGUAUGCAGAUAAAUUCUUUUUCUUCAUCUUUUUCCUGGAAAUGCUUCUGAAAUGGGUAGCUUAUGGCUUCAAGAAGUAUUUCACCAGUGGCUGGUGUUGGCUGGAUUUCUUUAUAGUAUGUGUCGUGGUAAAUGCCCUCACCGGUGCUGUCCCUUCCAUCGGGAAUGUGCUGCUUGUCUGCAUUGUCCUUUGGCUUCCAUUUAGCAUCCUAGGAAUGCACAUGUUUGGAGGCAAAUUUAGGAGCUGCUCCACACCUGCUCCGGGUACCAAUUGCACUGAAUGGGAAACGAUUAAUGUCAACUUUGAUAAUGUUUGGAUGGGGUAUUUAGCUCUCUUACAGGUGGCUACAUUUAAAGGUUGGAUGGGUAUUAUGUAUGCUGCAGUAGAUGCUCAACAUAACGACGGUUUAGAGCCAUGUUUUGAAAAUAAUGUAGCUGCAUAUAUUUAUUUUGUGGUCUUCAUCAUAUUUGGAUCAUUCUUCAUGCUGAAUCUCUUCAUUGGAGUUGUUAUUGACAAUUUUAACCAACAAAGGAAAAAGAUAUGUGACAAACUCAUUUUUUUGUCAGAGGAACAGAAGAAAUAUUACAAUGCCUUGAAGAAACUUGGUGCCAAAAAACCACACAAGACCAUUCCACGGCCACUGAACAAGUACCAAGGAUUCUGUUUCGACAUCAUAAGCAAGCAAGCAUUUGAUCUUUUCAUUAUAGCUCUCAUUUUGUUAAAUGUGGUGAUCAUGGCUGUGGAAUAUGAAGGCCAAGGGCCGGAAGCCAAGCAUCUUCUUGAAAAAAUCAAUUUUGCUUUUGUCGGUAUCUUUACUGGAGAAUGCAUCAUGAAAAUAUUGGCUUUGAGGCUAUAUUACUUAAAAGACAACUGGAACAUAUUUGAUUUUGCGGUCGUGAUUCUUUCAAUAGUUAGUUGUGCUGCCGAACAGUUUCAAAGAAUCUUCAAUGUGCCCCCUACAAUCCUGAGGAUCAUUCGAGUGGCCCGGGUCAGCCGCCUGCUGCGACUCAUCAGAGGGGCCCGAGGGCUCCGGACCCUGCUGUUUGCGCUGCUGAUGUCCCUCCCUGCCCUCACCAACAUCGGGCUGCUCCUUUUUCUCAUCAUGUUUAUUUAUGCUAUUUUCGGCAUGACUAACUUGGCCUGUGCUAGUUGGAAGAGCGGUAUUGACGACAUGUUCAACUUCCAGACCUUCGGUAGCAGCAUGCUCUGCCUCUUCCAGAUCACCACCUCUGCCGGCUGGGACGAGCUUCUCUAUCCGAUGCUAAGCCUGAAUCAGACCUGCGCUGCUAAUUUACCUGCCAGAUCACCCAGUGGUUCCUGUGUAAACCGGGGUGUAGCAAUUGCUUAUUUUGUUACGUACAUUGUUAUAUCCUUCCUCAUUGUUGUCAACAUGUACAUUGCUGUCAUCAUAGAGAACUUGAAUGUGGCCACGGAAGAAAGCACUGAGCCUCUUGGUGAGGAUGAUUUUGACAUUUUUUACGAUGUCUGGGCAAAGUUUGAUCCCCAAGCAACUCAGUUUAUUUCUUAUUUAGCGCUUUCGGACUUUGCCGAUUCUCUGACAGAACCGUUACGUAUCCCCAAACCAAACAAACAACAGUUGAUGACAAUGGACCUUCCGAUGGUUGAUGGAAACAAGAUCCACUGCUUGGAUAUUUUGUUUGCUUUUACCAAAAGGGUGCUGGGAGAGGCUGGGGAAAUGGACUCACUGGAAACUGAGAUCGAGGAAAAAUAUCCAGGGAAGAUUUUCUGUCAACCUAUAGUAACAACUCCCAUGCGGAAGCAAGUUGAAGCCGCUAUAGUUAUUCAGAGGGCUUUCAGGCAUUAUCUCCAAUGCUCAGGGGGAAAAGUCAUCCAGGAGGCUGUAGGGAAUAGCUCCUUGGUGCUCCUUCCUGAAGAGGAAAAUGCCUCCGAGUUUGGGCUGAGUGAAAAUGAAGACAGCCUGUCCAUUACGUCCCUGAGCCAGUCUUCUGCAUGCAUUCCUCCUCCUUAUAGUAAAGUCACAGGUACAACUGAUGGCAUUCCCAAUAAGGACAUUCACUGAUUUCCUUGUCACACCAAGGUUUUUCGGGAAAUAGACGACUGCAGUUUACUAAAAUGUUUCACAACCCAGCUUUCUGACACCUUGCAUAUCCUUCUUAAAGCUUCACAAAGGACUAAAGAUUGAAGUAGACAGUCAUCAAUUAUUAUUAAUGGGAAAAUAUUUUUGAGAACUUUUUUGAGAACUUAACUUUAUGAACAUAUGGGUUUUAGCAUGUCUCAAACAUCCUAGCCUGGGCCCUUUGGUUACUAUUGGUAUAGCUUGAGAACAAGAAAGUUAGCUCUAACUCCUUUGCAGCUGGGGGUAAGAUAAAGGAGAUAAGCAGCUAGCAAAAUCUGUUCUCCUAAUUGUUCAAACUAGCAGACCUCACCUGGAAGGUUUUGUAGGGACCAAGGUCUAUCCCUUGACCAGGUCUGGCAGGUCUGGUUCCUCUCCUGUUCACUUUUCUGUUGAGAGCUUGCUAGUGAUGCAGACUAGACCCCUGUGUGGCUUCCCUUAGGCCACCAGUGCAAGGUCUGCUGGGAGCCAAGCCUUUCAAAUCUUUCUUAAAGAUGCACCAGUAGCAAGAUUAGGCAUAGUUGGCCAAUCCAACUGGUGUGUGUGGGGAGCCUUCCUGUGAAUUCAGGUGAGCUUGUAUUAAACAUCUCAUAUUAAGCCAUAACAUGGCUCUGAUAAAUGUUCACACAGGAACAUAAUAUAAUUGUUCUUGUAAUGAUUAUGUGGGAAUCAUUGUUAUAGUGUCUAUGCAAGAAUGCAUUGCAUAUCUCUUAAGAGACUGGUUUCAAAUCCACACUUAGCUUUAAUAUAAGAAGUGGAGUUACAUCAACAUGGUGCAUAUGUAUAUAUGUUGCUAAGUGAACACACAGAUGUA